AUGGUCAGCCCGACCGCGUUGCCUAUGAAGCCGUCUUCGCCCCUCUCCCGAGCUCCCUCCAUCCUUCGUCUCGACAUCGCGCGCCGCCUAAUUCACCCAACCGACCUGACUACCUUCUUGCCGCCCGAGAAAGAUAGCAUACUCGUGCCAGCCGCCUUCAAGGGUCACCUUAACCUCCUCCAACGUCUUGCGGACCAAGUACCUCUUUUGAGCCCUGCAUUCGACAUGGCAUGCGGCAUUCUGCUCUCGAACCAGUUCGUCGUCGCCUGGCGAUGCUCGAGUGGCUCGCACCCCAUCCCACACCACCGAGACCCGUUCACAGGCGGGGUCACCAUCAAGGACCUCUGGGCUUCCAGGGUCCGCCCGGUAUAG